AUGUGGCGGGAUCGAACGAACCUAUACAUCUCUUACCGCCAGUCCUUUGCGCAUCAUCCUGCGAAAAAACCCAGGCACCUCGGGGGCUCAUGGACCGAUGACACCUCCGAGGAGCGCCGGGGGCUCAUGUCCGGAGGCGCCGGCUUCGAUGACGAUGGCGAUGCAAUAAUAGAGAUGGAUCUUUUGCCUCCGCGGUGGCUAGACGUGCAAGACGAGGUGCUGGAUUUACUACGUGGUAUCGGACAGAAAUCCGCCCAGCUCGACAAAUUACAUCAGAAGCAUGUACUACCAAGUUUUGGCGACGAAGAUGUGCGGCAGGAGGAGGAAAGCGUAAUCGAGCGAUUGACCCAGGAGAUCACAAGGGCGUUUCAUGACUGCCAGCGCAAUAUCCAGAAGAUAGAUGUGAUGGUUCGAGACGCGCGGCAGCCAGACCAGGAGAACCGGGGAGAAGAGACGAUGGCACGGAAUCUCCAGAUCUCGCUGGCUGCAAAGGUACAGGAAGCAAGUGCUGGAUUCAGGAAGAAACAAAGCACUUAUUUAAAAAAACUUCGCAGUCUAGACGGUCUAUCCUCGCCGAUCGACCGCUCACCAACCCCAAUCCUGCACCAAAACCCCUACACAGACCCUUCCCUCCUCGAAUCCGAUGCCGACAAAUCAUACUCCCAGUCCACCCUCCUCCAAACCUCCCAACAGCAGCGUCAGCUCGGCCGUAACGCCAAUGACGCCGCGAUCGUCCAACGAGAACGAGAAAUAAACGACAUUGCGAAAGGAAUAAUCGAGCUGUCAGAUAUAUUCCGGGACCUACAAACCAUGAUUAUUGACCAGGGCACGAUGCUGGAUCGGAUAGACUACAACGUGGAACGCAUGAACGUCGACGUUAAAGCCGCCGAUAAGGAGCUAACGGUGGCAACUGGCUACCAACGGCGCACCACAAAGCGCAAAAUCCUCCUUUUACUCUUCUUGUUAAUCGUUGGCAUGCUCGUCUUGCUCCUCGUCAAGCCGAAACGCUACGACUCAGCACCCCCGAAACCUCCACCUCAGACUUCCUCUGGCGAUAUCCAAAAAAUAGAAGCCCGUCCGCCGGCGCGUGUAGGCUCUCGAUUCCAAGGGAGAAGGGUAGUGUAUCCCCCGGUCGGGACGGUUUCGGACGACGAUGCUCUACGUAGUUUGCUGCGUAGCAGUUGGGACAACCCGCCAAUAUAUAGAAUUUAA